ACACACGACCACUUCCGACGCCGAGGGAUGCCCUACGCGCGCCCUCUGCCCUUGUUCGGGAACGUGGGCGCUCUUAUGGUCGGGAGGACGAAUUUCUUUGACCUCACGGUCGAUUCCUACAGGAAGUUCGAGGGCCACCCAGUCUUUGGCUUCUUUCAGUUCAUGAAGCCCGUAAUAUACAUCAGAGACCCGCAACUCAUCAAGUUGGUUGCAGUCAAAGACUUCGAUCACUUCGUUGAUCAUCAGGCAAUAGGGUCUGAAAAACUUGAGCCUAUGUUUGCGAGAAAUCUCUUUUCACUGAAAGGCCAAGAAUGGCGAGAUAUGAGAGCCACAUUAAGUCCUGCUUUCACCUCCAGCAAGAUGCGAAAUAUUUUCAAGCUCAUAGAUCUCUGCGGAGUCCAGAUGGCUGAUUUUUUGAAGAGGAAAUUCGAAAAAAGCAAAGACAGAGUAUACGAAGCAGAAAUGAAGGAUUUUUUCACACGGUUCGCCAAUGACGUCAUAGCUACCAGCGCUUUUGGAAUUGAGGUCGACUCUUUAGGGCAACCAGAAAAUGAGUUCUACCACAUGGGGCGAGACCUGACCAAUACUAAAGGAAUCAAAGCUCUUAUUUUUCUUGGAUAUAUGUUUCUGCCUAAGGUCAUGGAGGUUUUAAGGAUUCCUUUUAACAGCACUAAAGUGAGGAAUUUCUUCCACAACCUCGUCCACGACACCAUCAAGGAGCGCCAGCAGAAGGGCAUCUUCCGUCCCGACAUGCUGCAGCUGCUCAUGCAGGCGCGCGAAGGGCAGCUCAAGGCGGAAGCUGGAGACGAGCAGGAGAACAUCUCCGGCGCUAAGCUGAAGAAGCUGACUGACUUCGACAUGACGGCGCAAGCCGUCAUCUUCUUCUUCGCCGGCUUCGACACCGUGUCCACCGCCAUGAGCUACUGCGCCUACGCCCUGGCCCGUCACCCGGAGGUGCAGCAGCGCUUGCAGCGGGAGGUGGACGAAGCCUUCGAGAAGAACGACGGACAGCUCACUUACGAGGCCGUGCAGGAAGCCAAGUACAUGGACAUGUUCAUCAGCGGAGUC